CUGGAGUCAGCAGAUCUCGUUGUCCGCAACAUGGCUCCUCUAAGGGAUCUUAUUAUCCUACUCAUCGUUUGUGGCUCGUUUGUCACUCAAGGCGAAGCAGUUUGUGGCUAUGAGUCCUGCCACGAAACCAAACCGAAUAUGGUCAAUAUUCACUUGGUCCCCCACUCCCACGACGAUGUGGGCUGGCUAAAGACCGUGGAUCAGUACUUUUAUGGACACAAAAACAACAUCCAGCACGCCGGAGUCCAGUACAUCAUCGACACUGUGAUCUCCGAGCUGAUCAAGAACCCCGAUCGCCGUUUCAUCCAGGUGGAGACCUCCUUCUUCGCCAAGUGGUGGUCCGAGCAGUCGGAGACCGCCAAGGAGAUCGUGAAGAAGCUGGUCAACGAAGGUCGCCUGAUGUUCACCAAUGGAGCCUGGAGCAUGAACGACGAGGCUGCCGUGAACUACCAGAGUGUGAUUGAUCAGUUUUCUGUAGGAUUGAAGUUCUUGGACGAUACCUUCGGUGUCUGCGGACGUCCUAAAGUUGGCUGGCAAAUCGAUCCUUUCGGUCACUCUCGUGAACAGGCCUCGCUCUACGCCCAGAUGGGCUACGACGGCGAGUUCUUCUCCCGCAUGGACCACAACGACAAGGGCCGCCGUAUGAAUGACAAGGCUUUGGAAAUGGUUUGGGAUGCCAGUGAGUCAUUGGACAUCAAGCUCUUCACCGGACUUCUGUACACUUUCUACUGGGACACCCCUGGAUUCUGCUUUGAUGUGCACUGCAGCGAUGAUCCAAUCAUUGAUGGCGACAGCUACGACAACAACGUCCAGUCCAGGGUGGAUGCCUUCAUCGCUUAUGCCGCUGAGGUGGCAGAGAAGUUCCGCACCAACCAUAUCAUGGUCCCCAUGGGUGGCGACUUCCACUAUGAAGAUGCUGAGGUUAACUUCAAGAACAUGGAUAAAUUGAUCAAAUAUGUCAACGAGCGCCAAUCCAGUGGAUCUCGAUACAACAUCAUCUAUUCCACUCCCGCUUGCUACCUCAACUCCGUGCACCAGAGCGUUCAGUCGUACCCGAACAAGACCCAGGACUUCUUCCCCUACGGCAGCAACACCAACAGCUUCUGGACCGGAUACUUCAGUUCUCGGCCAACUCAGAAGCGCUUCGAGCGCGACGGCAACCACAUCCUGCAGGUCGCCAAGGAACUCAGUGUCUUCGCUGAUUUGAACAGCGAGCAACAGAAGGAGGACCUCGACUACCUCCGCCAGAUUAUGGGAGUGAUGCAGCACCACGACGCUAUCACUGGUACCGAGAAACAGGCCGUGUCCGACGACUACGAUCGUCUUCUUUACGACGCCAUUCUGGGAGGAACCAACCUGGCCCGCGAUGCUCUGAGGAAGCUGACACCCUAUCCUAACGGAGAGUUCCAGAGCUGCCUAAACAUGAACAUCAGCGACUGUGCCUACACCAAGGACAACGCCGAUAACCUGAUAGUAACCCUGUACAAUCCUCUGGCCCACACCACCAAGCAGUACGUGCGCCUUCCCGUCAAGAACGAGAACUUCCAGGUGACCGACGACAAGGGUCGCGUGGUGGCCUCUGAGCUGGUACCAGUCUCCCAGCAGAUCAUCGAUCUGGAGUUCCGUGAAACCGACACUCAGUACGAGUUGGUCUUCAAGGCUACCGUCGACAAGAUCGCCAACUACUACGUCAAGAAGGUUGAGAGUGCGAGUGCUGCCCAGCCCCUUAAGGUCGUCAAGUCAGUCAGUGGAGAGACUCGUGAGGACGGCGAGACUGUUGUGCAGACUUCGACAAUCAAACUGACGAUCGACAACAACUCCGGUCUUCUGAAAACUGUUGAAAUGAACGGCGUUUCCGAAAACAUUGAGCAGACCUUCGGUAUUUACAAGACCUACGAUUCCGGCGCAUACCUCUUCCGUCAAUACAACCAAGAAGCAGCUACGAUUCUGGACAGCGGUGUUGAAUUCACUGUUUACGAAGGAUCUCAGGUCAAGGAGAUCCAUCAAGUCUUCAACGAGUUCCUCUCGCAGGUUAUCCGCCUUUAUGAAGGCAGGAACACCGUCGAAAUUGAAUGGCUUGUCGGUCCCCUUCCUCGCGAUGAAACCUAUGGAACCGAAGUCAUUACCGUAUUCAGCAGUGAAAUUGAAUCCAAGGGCGUGUUCUACACUGACGCCAACGGCCGAGAGCUCCUCAAGCGUGAGAAGGAUCAGCGCGAAGACUUUACUUCCGAGCUGGCUGUGCAGCCGACCGCUGGAAACUACUACCCGAUCACUUCCCGCAUCGCCCUGCAGGACAGCAAGAAGCGAUUGGCUAUCCUGAACGAUCGCGCCCAGGGAGGAUCCAGCAUGAAGGACGGUCAGAUCGAGCUCAUGCUGCACCGACGACUUGUCCGCGACGACGGUCUUGGAGUGGACGAGGUCUUGAACGAGGAGAAGUACGGACAACCUCUGAUUGCCCGCGGCAAGGUCUUCCUCGUUCUGAACUCUGCCGAGGAAUCUACCUCCGCUGAACGCGAGUGGGAGAAGGAGCACCACCUGCCCCUCUGGAAAUUCUUCAGCAAGAACUCUGGAAGCACUAGCUCUCCUGUCAAAUCCGUUCCCAGCUUCGAAGACUUCCCCAAGUCGGUUCAUCUGCUCACCCUAGAACCCUUCAAUGAUGGAGAGGUUCUUCUGCGUGUUGAGAACUUCAUGGAUCACACUGAAGGCAGGGUGGUCAGCUUCAACAUUCGUCCCCUCUUCGACUAUCUGAACGGAGCUGAGAUCCGUGAAACCACCUUGGACGGAAACCUGCCUCUGAGCGACAUGAAGCGUCUUAAGUUCCACACCGAAGGAUCAGGAGUGAGGGGAUCCGAGCCGGAGUACUACACCUCCGCCCACACGCCCCUGGAGGUGGAUGCUUCUCAUGAGGACUCCGACUUUGCUGUCACCUUGCACCCGAUGCAAAUUCGUACUUUCAUUGUAAAGACAAACUAAGCAGUAGCAUUAAAAUAAUGUAAAUUAAUGUCAUUGGCGAAAUAAAUAAAAUAUUUUCAUUA